UGUGGGUUUGAUGGUGGUGAACAGUGCAGGGGAGUGGAGAGACGCUGGGAGAGGACUCAAACACUCACACACGCACACGCACGCACGCACGCACGCACCGACACACUCGACGCAUGCUUGGAGGAAGAGGGCGCACCAAAAGACGCACGAAGGGCUUUCUUUUUCACUGAUAUUCCCCUCUCUCUCGCUCUCUCUUUCUCUCUCUCUCUCUCUCUCUCUCUCUCUCUCUCUCUCUCUCUCUCAACGGCAAGGGAAAGAAAAAGUUUGCAGAAAGAGAGGAAGAGGAGAGGACUCUCGCUCGGUUGGAGCACGCAAAGACAAGCACGCGCUCAUUGACUCUCGUCCUGGAAAUAAUUUUUGAAUUUCAUCCCCUACUUUUUUUAUUUAGUUUUUUUUUUUUAGAUUCUUUUUGAAUGUUCCGCGCCUUGCUGUCCUGGGGGGAUUCCGUCUGGGGGGGCUUUCCUUUUCUGCACAAAUCCACACGCCAGCCUCUGUGUUGAUAAACAGUGAAAGACAAGGAAACGGAGAAACCGGACCAGAAGGGGGCCAAAAACGCACCAGGUAUGGCGGCUGUGUUGCCGAGAACCCUGGGUGAGCUGCAGCUCUACCGCAUCCUGCAGCGGGCCAACCUGCUCUACUACUACGAGGCCUUCAUCCAGCAGGGCGGCGACGACGUGCAGCAGCUGUGCGAGGCCGGCGAGGAGGAGUUCCUGGAGAUCAUGGCGCUCGUCGGCAUGGCCAGCAAGCCGCUGCACGUGCGGCGCCUGCAGAAGGCGCUUCGCGACUGGGUCACCAACCCGGCCGUGUUCAACCAGCCGCUCACCUCGCUGCCCGUCUGCAGCAUCCCCGUCUACAAGCUGCCCGAGGGCUCGCCCACGCUGCUCGGCGCCCAAGACCGAUCCAACACCGCCAGCGUCAAGAUGCCAAAAGCCGCAGCCGUCACCGCCGCCUGCUCCGACCCAGGGAAACUGGACGUGGCGCGGGACAAAGUGUCGGCCGGGUCGCCCCUGCAGGGGGGCAGCGAAGCUCGAUUCUGGUCUGGCCACAGCAACGACAGCGAACACAGCCUGUCGCCGUCGGACCUCGGCUCCCCGUCCUCGCCGAGAGACGCGCUGGAGGCUCUGGACGCCGCGGCGGUCCAGUCGGUCCUGGAGUGCGUGGACAGGAUGGCGCCGGGGCUUCCCAAGACGGAUUUGGCCGAGGUCAAAGAGCAGCUGAAGAACAACAAGAAGCUGGCAAAGAUGAUCGGACACAUCUUCGAAAUGAGCGACGACGAGCCGCGGCGGGAAGAGGAGAUCCGAAAAUACAGCGCCAUCUAUGGACGCUUUGACUCCAAGAGGAGGGACGGAAAACACCUGACGCUGCACGAGCUGACGGUGAACGAGGCGGCGGCCCAGCUCUGCAUGAGGGACAUGGCUCUGCUGACGCGGCGGGACGAGCUGUUUGGACUCGCCCGCCAGAUUUCCAGAGAGGUCACUUACAAAUACACAUACCGCACCAGCAAGUCUCGCUGCGGAGACAGAGACGAGCCGUCCCCUAAAAGGAUUAAAACAGAGGAGAACUUCUUCGACAUCCAGGAGGCGCUGCAGGCCAUCCACAUGAGGCAGGAGAUGCUGAGGGAGCAGCUGGCCUGCGCCAAGUCCAAGGGGGAAGAAACCGUCGGGCGGAAUCUGCAGAUGCAGCUGGAGCGUCUGCUGGCCCGGCAGAUGGAGAUCCUGCAGGACGCCGCCGUCCAGGAGCGCCUCCAGGCUCUGGACUGGAGGAUCCCCCCCGCUGCCUUAAAGUACCUCAGCGACGCCCAGAACACCAACGGAGCCGACGCCAGCAGAGACAGCCAAGAUGAACGGCCAAUCAACUUGCGUGUGGUCAGUCAGAACAUGCAGGAAGGCGACCUCCCUUUGGGCAAGCAGCUAGCCAAUGAACUGAAACGCCAUCACAACCACAACAACCACAACCACAACCACAACAACAACAACAGCAACCACAGCAACACAGAAGAGACCAAAACAUCAGCAACAGAAAACGGAACGUCGCAGCGAGCGUCCAGCAACCCAGAGAAGAAGACCAUCAAGUCAGAGCCGGAAGACUCCACAUAGUGCCUCCCGCCUCGCCCUACCACCAACCCCCCCCCCCCCCCCCGAUUCAUUCUACUCACACUUGACAGUAUGCAGUUAUUACCCAUCAAUAGGUACUAAGCAAGCACAGCCACAGUAGAGCCUUAACAACCAAUGUUGCCUCAUGAAUAGCAUUUAUUUUUCUUUGGGUCUGUCUUUCUGUUUUGACGGUAUUCGCCAAAGCAUCUAGAGAGCAUGUCAAGAAGCCCCUCAGUGUUCUGCGGGUCUUUGUCUGUUGAUUAAUCGUACCAGUUAGAUGUACAUGUAAUUUAA